AGUUUUGCAUUGGAAAUAAGGAUUUUGGAUAAUUCGAAGCAAUGUUUGGCAUAGCAUCUAAGAUGACAUCAUGUAAAGACCCUUUGGCUUCACUCUUGUGAAGACGUGCAGUGAAGUAUAAAGAGAUGGCUGGUAACACAUGCCUCACAACCAAUUGCACGCUAGGAUGGCAAUUGCAGAAAGCGAAAGCGACGUCUUCGGAACACAGACUUGCAUCAGAUCGUCAUACAGAAUUCCCUGACAGCGUUAUGCUGCCCUGCCUUAAUAUUAAGACUCAGUCCACCGUAAUGAACGCUAACAUACCACAGCCAAACAAAUCGUGUUCCAAUAUUAGACACCAGCCUUAUGGACCCUGGAGUGGAGCUCCCCAGUUUGGUGGGUCCGUAUGGGCAUCGGGACAAAGAAACGCGAAGAUGGGAAAGCGAAGAUACAGACCGCUUGGAGAGAUGAAGCUUUGUGUUCUUGUACAACUUGCAGCCCAUUGCUCGCAUAGGGAAACUAUGCAGCAGAGACCCACCCAGGCUCGGGCUCGUAAGACGGUAGGAUUGUUGACGGGACCGUCAGGCCGCCAGAGGGAAAUGGCAUCCUUCGUAAUGGAAAACUCCCCUUGUCGUCCUAUCCAGCACGUGGUGACUCCCAUAAAGCAUGCUCCCGGGAUACAGUACGGCAGGAACCGGGGUACCGCUGAGGACGCUGAACAGGCGGGAUGUUGUGUUUGACAGCUCGACGUGGCUGGUUCUGAGCGAUUCAAUUAGUGUGUGGCGUCGCCGUAGCGGUCCAGGAUGUUGACCGGCGGAGGAUGACCCGCUAUUGUGUACAAUUCACCCCGCCGCGUCAAUUUCGCCAGCAAGCGCCGUGGUCAGGAACGAGCAACUCAGUGAUCGCGCGCUUUGUAUCUGCCGUGUCAAGCUUCGAGGAUACAAAGCCCGUCA